CUCUCAAGGAACGUAUGAUAAUAAAUAGAGUCCUUGGCUGGGAAUUCAUCACUUGUCAUUGAGAUGGAGUUGCGGGUGGUUGUGCUGCUCAUCUCCCUCGGUUCCGUCACAGGUACUACUCCUUACUGUUCGACUGAGUGCCCGGUGGCCUCUGCCAAGUUCUCCUACGUCCCCAGCAAGACCUACUCCUACGCCUAUUCUGGGGUGUCCAGGGUGCGGCUGAAAGGCGUGGACGGUGGACUCGUACAAACUCGAUGGGAGAAUCAAGUCCAUCUGACAUGGCUCACUCACUGCGAAGUGGCCAUCACCUUCAAUGCAACCAAAGUGGAUGGUCAAGCAGGUCCGCCUGACACCAACCCAUUGGAGAAGUACCCGCUCGUGGUGGCGGUGACAGACGGCCGCGUGCAGCGAGUGUGCAGUCACGCUGAUGACGACACGUGGUCCAUCAACAUAAAGAAAGGUGUUGCCUCAGCCCUACAAAACUCUCUGCCGUCCCUCUCGACCACCAAUUCAGGGCUAAUCUUUACGGAGACGGAUGUGGCUGGAACGUGUCCCACCAAGUACGAAGUACAAAAUGAGGGUGCUGAGAUCAAGGUGGUGAAAAAUAAAGAUCACAGGCAAUGUCAGGAGCGUUAUUCAAUCCCAGACGAGAUCCACCUACCAUGGCUGAAGGGUCCCUUGCCCAUCCAGGAGUCAUGGUCAACGUGCACACAGAUAGUCAUCAACGGCACCAUCUCCUCGGUGGUGUGUGAGGACGUGAACGUGGUGCGGCCAGCGUACGGGGUCUACAAAUUCAUCGAUGCAACGCAAGUAUCAGAGCUACGACUAAUAUCAGAAGCAAGCCCUGCGCCAGACUCCGUGUCCUUUAUUUCUCAGCCACAGUUGGUUCCCAGGAGUCUAGUCUAUGAUUACGAAACACCCAAGAAAGACCCAUCCGUAGUGCCAGAGUUGGAGCAGACACUGCGUCACGUCUGCCAGCUGACCAAGGAUGGGGUGGAUGGUGAGUCUGCCAGCUGGCUGGACAAAGUGGUUCGCCUUAUGCGUCGCGUCCCAGAACACUCCAUCUCCCAGAUGUACCACAAGGUGCGCAAUGGACAACUGUGCGCGGAACACGAUAAGUUGAAGGGACUUUUUCUGGACGCAGUUUCCUUCGUGCAUGAGUCUGGCUCUGUCCCGGUGAUGGUAAACGAGCUGGUAGAGGGACAGGUGAGUGAAGGAAGAGCCGUCCUCUACUCUGUAGCUUUUUACUUCACAUCCCGCCCGACUGCCAGUAAUAUAGAAACCCUUAAACCCCUUUUUGAGCUGCCUCAGCUCAUUCCUUUGGUAACACUGUCAGCAGCCUCUAUGAUCAACACCUUCUGUCGACACAACGAACAGUGCUCGGAACAACCUUCGAUAAGGGAUAUUUCUGACGCUCUAAAUACCAAACUACAGAGUCAGUGUUCUCCGUUUAGCGAAGAAGAAGCUCAAGAUGCUGCUCUUUUGACUCUGAAGGCCUUGGGUAACAUAGGUCUUGUGAACCACGAGGUGUCCACGUCCAUCGUGAGGUGCAUGAGGACUCAGGGCCCACCGGUCGUCAUCAGGGUUGCCGCUGCCGAAACACUCAGAUUAAUGAGCUGCGAAGAAAGUAUCACAGAAGAUCUAGUUGACAUCAUCCUUGACCCUGAUAUGGACACUGAGGUCCGCAUCGCCGCCUACAGGGCAGUGUUUCACUGUGCUCGGCACGACCACUUGAACAGGAUUGUGACGACCAUAGCUGAUGAACAAAACACUCAAGCUCGGGGCUUCAUCCUGAGCCAUCUGUGGAGCACGCAGAGGACCAACACUCCUCACAAGGAAAGGCUGCGGAGUCUGCUAACGAACGUCGUCCUUCCUGUCAAUUUUGAAGCCGACAUCAGCAAGUACUCCCACAGCUUCGACUUCUCCUACUUUUCGCCUUCCCUCGGUAUUGGCAGCGAGAUUGAAUCCAACCUCAUUUAUGCUCCCGGUUCCUUCGUCCCUCGCUCCCUCGGCGUGAACAUCACAGCAGCUCUGGAAGGGAUCUCCAUGAAUGUCGCUGAGUUGGGAAUGCGCCUGGAGGGUCUGGACCCGAUCCUCGCUCAGCUAUUUGGACUCGCAGACUACUUUGAAACGGUCGACUACAUCAAAAUCAUUAAAGACGUUUUCAAGUUGCUUCAGAACAAUGGAAACAUGAGUGGAAUAAGGCAAAGACGUUUCACAGAACAUUCAGUUCUUACAAAUGUAUUAAACGAAAUUUAUCACAACAACAUAUUCAAUAUCAAGGGAGACAUAGGCAUUCGUAUCAUGGGUCAAGAUAUCUUUUUUUCUUCAACUUCGGUUGAUCUCAGUAACCUGAAUUUCAGUGAAAUAAAGGCAAAAAUUUAUGCACUGAUCUAUAGUUUGGUUCACCAGUUCAAGACGCUUAGAAAAGACACUGUUCGUAUGCUGCGACCAGACCUGGAUUAUUCCUUCCCAACCAUCCAGGGCACGCCCCUCAAGCUCACCACACACCUGGCACUCGUUGGGGGUCUCCAGGUAGAAACACACCUGGAUGAAUUUGCUUCAUACUCUGGCUUCAAGAUCAUACCGAGUCUCUCAGUCGAUGCUGGCUGCUUCAUUGGUUACGACGCCCACAUCGCCAAGACUGGCUUCAAGAUGAACACUGCCAUUUCCACUAGUAAUGGCGUCACGCUCAGGGAAAGUGGCCAUCAUGGCAAGCAGACACAGCUUCACCUUGACCUCCAUAAAAAGAUGGUUAUAUUCAGUGGUCAGGCCGAGGCGUACCUCAUGAAGAGCAAAAUGGGCCAGCCAGAUACCAAGAUAGUACCACCCUCCAUGCACGACAUGAGGAUUCGCCGCAAGUCGUGUGUCACCAGUCUGGAGUCUGUGCUCGGUCUCAAGCUGUGUUAUGACGUGGACGUGCCUGACAUCUUCCACAACAACGCUCUGCCUCUCGGCGCCCCAGCCUUCGCCAGACUCUCCCUAAAUAGAACAGAGUCCUCCAUGAAAGGAUAUUUGAUUAAUGCAACCAUGGAAAAACAUAGAAACAAAGAAACUUUAACUAUGUUUUGCAAAACGUACGGUUCAAACACAACGAGAGGGUUCGAUAUUGAAGCGUCUGUAUUACAUGGUCUCACGAAUAACACUUUUUCUGUGGUAUUCAAUGCUUCACAAAUUUACAGCAGAGUUGCAAUGGUUAUCAUUCACUCCGAAAAUGAAAAAUCACUUCAUCUGUUCGGUAUGACAAGAUAUGAUAACAGUACUUGGAAAAGAGCUGUGAAAUUUAGUUCAUUAACUACUAAAACACAAUAUACUCGUGAAUAUGAUUUUGGCAUCUUUUAUGGCCACAAUCAGUCUUCCAUCCAUCAGGCACAAAUACUUGAAAUAAAUAUAAUGAAGAAAAAGAAUGGUCCACAAGUGACUCUGGAGAUUCAGGGAGGAACAAGACAUGCUCUCGCCCAGUACCUCAGUCUAGAUAUCGGAAUUGGUGUCGAUGUAGACCAGCGCCCCCAUUCAUGGCUUCUAUUACCUGUUCGACUUCGCAAACUUGAGUUUGAGGGCGGUCUUGGUGGGUGGAAGGUGAUAGCUUUCACCAACACGUCAACAGAAUCGGGACGAAAAACCCAAUACUUAUCUGCUUUCAAGGUGACUCACAGAAACAGACAGCUGGUUCACGUAGAAACUGGUCUCAGCCUCAUAGGAACACCCAGCAUUGACUUUGUGGCUCAGUUGGUGACGAAAGGUGGCCUAGAGGAAGUGCAAUACAAGGGAGAAGCAUCAGUGUACAUGACAAGUAAUCGAGUGGGUGCUUCACUUCGCCUCCACAGCGCUGUCAACUCUACCACUCUAGCUCGACUAGAAGCGUUCUGCACCGAAAAUCAAAAUAAAUUUUCAAUUCGAACUUUGGUGGAAGUGCCUCGAGUCAUCAGCACCACCAAGGCGGUGGUCAGUGUUGUGAUCCCCCACAGUGGUGACCUCUUCCAGGUGGAGGCUGCUGUCACACACAACUCAACGGUCCUGCUGCACGUACAAGGACCCAUGAAUUUGGAUCCCGGGAAUGAUAUAUUCCAAGUAAACGUGCAAUGGAAUAUUUCGAUGAUCGGAGGAGACCCAUAUAAAGUGAAUUCCAUGGUUAUAAUGGGUAACAAUUCACAGUUCAUGUAUGUGAUAGUAAGUAACUCCCAGGGACAGCCACUGCUAAGCCUGGAGUCAAGCCCUUCUUCGGACAGUUUAGAGGAAACUAAAUACGAGACAGCUUUCUUUCUUUCGCGUUACGUUCAAGCCGAGACUCAUUUAGCUUUCAGCACCAGACAACUGCAGGUGGCUCUGAACACCUUGAUAUUUCCUAAUGCACAAGACUCCCGCCGGGUGAAAAUUUUUUCCCAGGUGGACUUGACCACCGGUACGGUAAUCGCUGAUGUGUGGUGGGAUGCUGACAGGGAUGCUAAUAAGAAGCUCAAGAUGGACUUAACUUUUGCCUCCUUACCGCAGCUCUCCGAUUACUCUUCUCUUCAAGGAAGCAUCAAAUACCAAAACGAAACAUGCAGGUUCCUGGCAGUGGGCGAGACUGUGCAGCUUCGACAUAGUGUCAUGAGGAAAACAAGUUUAAGCUUCGGAAUCCAAACAGGAGAGAGAAAAUAUAUGAAUAUGGAGUUUGAAAAUAGUAUUGAAACUCGCAACGGUUCAGUCUACAUUGAAACUAAGAUGAAAUAUUUCGGUCUGGAGAACAAGAAGUACAAGUUUUUAUGUUCACUGGAUCUGGAAGACCCUAAUGGUUUGCAGAACUUUAGGACCGAGUCACACAUAGUCUACAGUUCACCGAUGGGCAUUGACACUUCGUACAGCACGCUAAUCACCCACCAGUCCUCAGCCGGGGAGAGAUUCGCACAGAUAAAGGUAAACACGAGCCUAUCAACAUUAAAACAACCUCUAGAGAUGGACUUAACCUGGAUGAGACAAAACCACUCAAGGAGUCUUGUGUGGAGAGCAAACCACACCAGCCUCCUCACCUUGAUGGACUGGCGGUUAAACACAGUGGUCUCCGAGAUAAUUCAGUCCUGCAGCUUCAUCCUUAAUUUAAGAGCCGUAGAACAAUUUCUCAACGAUGCCGUAAAAUUUAUAGUUAUAAAGAACAAUAAUUGCUUCAAUUCAGUAUGUCCAGAGUCUCACUGGAAUAAUGAGAACUCUUCCCACAUUCUCCAUCCCAACGCUUCUCAGUCACCGUGGGCACAGCCCCCCUUCCUCAUGGCCGCCUCUUCUCCUGAGGCAGAAGUCGGGAUGCACGAGUACUCAGUAACUGGCAGGUACACCUACAACUCGUGGACAGACACCUUCCACUGUGAAGGGAAGGUGAGCCACCCAGCGUUGGACAGGGAGGUGACAGCUGCGGUGGAGUACAGGAUCACCGGCACCGCCCAGAAAGGCUCCUUCGAACUGGACAUCUUUCCCGACACGACCGACAAGAUCACGGGUUCCCUCGUCUCCAUUCUGCUGGCCAACAACACUGUCAUGCUCGAGGCCAACUUAACCACCAGGCUGCUGAGUUAUCACCCAAAAAUCACAUUGAGUACAUCUGCAUCGCCCCACACGCUUGCAUUCGACAUGGAAUUCAGCAAAAACCCAAAUCAAAAAGCGAAUUUUAAAGCAAAAACUAAGUUCGACAGGAUAUCUGAGGAGGCAGCAGCAGUGGGCUUUAUGAUCGCGACCGAGGGAGGCGUGUCUGUGGAUGUGUCAGGCGUGGUGGGGAUGCGACAAGUACCGGAGUGCUAUGGCCUGCAGAUUACUACCUCGUCCUUCGUGCCACUGCUAGGGAACCACAGCUGCGUCCUGACGGCGUGCGGACCAGCGUUUGUCCAGCUGACCAUUGGAAGGAAGGACGAAAGAGGCAAAAUCUAUCAUAUCAAAUUUGGAAUCAGAAAUCCACUUGGGUUUGAGGGAAAUAUAGUCGUCCGUGAUCAGGAGAGGCAGGAAGUGUUCGAUGUCCUGAGGAGUUACUUCACUCUCUAUCCUCACGUCGAUAUGGAGUUUGUUUACAUGAACGAUGAACUCAGGAAAUUUGAGGCUGAGGUGCGGGCGGUGCUGAUGAUGGUGAAGCAAGGCGGCAAGGACUGGGUGGCUAGAGUUUACCAGGCUGUAGUGAACGAAGCCCGCAGGAGACAUUACAUCUUCCCUCCUCGAAAAAUCCUUACCUUGAUCCACCAUAUCGAAAACAACCUCAAGAAAAUAUCAACAUACCUUGUCCACGAAAAGCUGGAGCCAGCAUUCGAGAUAACGAGGCGCUUGUUAAACACCCCUACAGCUCGUUACCUGAGGAAAGUGAGCUACACAGUCUGGCUCUUUGUAAGGUGGGCCAAGACUCAGCUACCUCACGAUCCAUACUAUCCUUACCAAGAACGUGUUGAAUGGAAGAAAGAAAUGCAGUCAUACAAUUUCCUCGUGAGAAAAGUUGGAAAACAGGUAGUGAAGAUUAUUCAGACUGGAGGAGAGGACCUGUUGCUCACCAUCCAGCACCUCCUGACACAGCUGGAACACACUGUCAUUUUCCAGGAGCUGAAGGAAGACCUGGCCGCAUUCAUAAGCUCCCAUUCCUACCCUUACCAACGUGAAGCCCUGCAGGAAGUGUUAGCUCGAGUUGCGGCAACACUCAUACGUGACUUGGCGCCUCUUAAGAAUAACCCAACUCUCCUCUGGGUCACCUUCCUCACUCUUAGGAACAUCAAUACGGCUGUGGGCAAGAUAACGCUAACGCCAUUGACAUCAUUGCGUGACAUGAUGUGGGCCUAUAACAGUUACAGCACCAUUCCCUCCAACAACCUCUUGUGGCUUUACGACUCCCUGCCGCUGCCGUCUCAAUGGACCAACCUGCUGCCGCCUUGGAACAGAAUAGCGAUGGUCAUCGGUGACACGGAGAUACAUACCUUCGACGGGGCAGAGCUGCGUAUUCCUUUAUCUAGGUGCGAGGUCAUUUUAGCUUCCUUCGCCGGGAACAAAGUCACCCUGUCACACCCAGUACAGGGCGCUCGGGCCCAGGUCACCGUGACUACCCCGCGUGUCACCGUCGUGGUUAGGCCAGACUUUCAUGUGUUUCUCAAUGGCAGGGAUAUUGGGCACCGAGAUGUAACUGAAGGCGAAGUGACAAUCUUAGUAUCUUAUUUACAAAUCACCAUCAAUUCACCUCUCGUCACCGUGAAGGUAUUGGAACAGCAGCGCCUGGUGAGUGUGGAGGCGCUGGGCUGGACGUUUGGGCACCUGGCAGGCAUGCUGGGGACUUACGACGGCGAGGCAGGCAACGACCGCCUUAUGUCCACAGGCACCAGGGCUCCAGACCUUUGGCGUCUGGUCAAGUCGUGGCAGGAAGACCAACACUGUCCCACCCCUCCCGUGAGCCCCAUCACUCCCUCCAUCCGAGAAGCAGAGAGAGUCGCCCACUGUCACCCUCUACUUGGGAUGUGGGCAAGAUGCAACGCCCUCGUCAGGCCUGAGCCCUUUAUCCACAUGUGCUACAUUACACGAAGCCCCUGUGACGCUGCUGAGGCCUACCGCAGCCUGUGUGCCUCAAAGGGAGUGGAGCCUUUGAUACCUAGGGGAUGCUGAGGCUGUACUUAACUUUAAUAGGUGCUAUCACACGGGCAACUUUUACUGUUCGGAGAGGUGCAACUACUGUACCUACUGAAAUAUGAAUGGAAUACUUAGUUACUUAACACACACACACACAUGCACACACAUGCAUGUACUCGGUCGUAAGCACUAGUAGAAAGCUUGACCUCAUAGUGGAUAUCCAACUGGAAAUGUAUAACAGUACGGUGUCUUUGUACAGAUGUAUGCAUCAGAUGUAUGGAGAUACAGUAAAAUCCCUCUUAUCCGGCAUCAACGGGACCGCCGAUAUGCCGGAUACUUGAAUAUUGCCGGAUACUUAAAUAGAAGUGAAAUUAUGUCCACAAUCACCACCCUACACUCACGCAUCUACAAUAACAAAGAUCAGUUGAUCUUAAUCAGCAGCUGAUCUGAUCAGCUGCUGAUUAAGUCUAAGCACAACAACACGCUUCCUCUUUUCUACAACUUUAGACAUGAUGAAGGCGUCAGGCGAUAAACAGUGCACACGUGGUCACUGAGUAAACACAGUGCAAUGGGCCGCGGAUGGCGCGAAGCAGUGCGCUUUGGUGGCGAGGGGACAAAGUAUGCCUCAUGCGGGAAUUUUAAUUGAUUUUAUGAGUACACAUUGAUUUUUUAUUGAUUCUAAGGCUCGGGGAAAAAUGUGCCGGAUACUUGAAGCUGCCGGAUACUCGAAUGCCGGAUGAGAAGGAUUUUACUGUAUGUUGUUCGAGAUAUGGAACAAUUGUAUACAAUGUUUCUAAAGCAUGUGUUAUAUGUACACAAGAAAACAAGUAACGAUAUGGUUUAUGGGGAACUCGAGAGUGUAUCCACUAGAAAUAAGUACCAAAUGUAGAAUGAUAAACUUCUGGGUAAACGGCAAGAACAUCCAACUUAGUUACAUAAUGUAUUGUUUAUGACUGGUGAAUCAAUGAGGUAUUUGUUUUUCUCCAUGGUUAGCAUACAUUAUGUAGGUGUGGUUAUCACAAACUGUUGUAAAUGCAACCUGAUUCAAGAGAGCCAUAGAAGUAAGGCUCAACUAUCACUAAAAUUAUGAAAACAUUUUUGAAAACAACA